AUGGACACUCUUAACCUGCAUUCUGCGUCUGAGUAUCUCAAUAAUCUACUUCUCGCCCGGGGACUCCUGCGGAAUGGGAAACGGAUCGACUUUGCAGACCCGGGAAAGGCUGCUGACGGUGCUGAAGACACAAUGGCACAGAUUAUCAAUCUCGUUCACGAUUUAGUGACUCGAAGAGACCGCGAAGCAGAGCAACGGGAAAACCUUGCCACAACAGUAAAAAGCCUCCGGAAGACAGAAGCAAAGCAGGCACUCCAGGUGGAGCAACUGGAAAGCAAAACGAAAGAGCUGUCUCGAUCAAUUGCCCUUGCGGAGGGCCAGGAAACUGCAUUUAAAUCCACGAUACGCAAUGCGGACAUUACUAUACGCGGCCUAAAAGACCAAAUGCAGAGAAUGAAAUCUUCGAUUCAGCAGAUUAGAACCCAGUGCGCUACGGACAUACGCAAACGGGAUAUCGAACUGCAGAAACUAAAAACACACCUAACUGAACGACAGCGUGGGAAGAGAGAUGGAUAUGGCGUGAUGACAAUCACGAUACAGCCUCCACCGAAAACGAACAUUUCAAGCCGAAAGGGGCCUGAAGGAGGGAAUCCUGUGGAAACGCCGGGAUACAGUCUUAAGCAGGAAACAACAGAGUAUCUGACACAGCUAUGUCAGGGCCUAAGUGAUGAGAAUGAUGCGUUGAUACAGCUGUCUCGGGACACAAUUCAGACACUAAGAGAAUUGCAGGGAUUGACAGACGGAGAUAUUGAGGGGUUUGCUGAGGGUGCUUCAGGGGAAAGCGUGGAUGCCGCUCUAUCACGGCACGAGCUGCUCUCAAGAGAAAUGGAUGCUACACUCGAGCAACUCCGGGCUUUACUUACAAACCCUUCCUUUGUUCCCCUGGAAGAAGUGGAACUUCGGGACUCUGAGAUUGCUCGACUGCGGGACGGGUGGGAGAAGAUGGAGCAACGAUGGCAGGAGGCGGUUUCGAUGAUGGACGGGUGGCAUAAGCGGGUAUCUCAUGGCAGCGCAUCGAUCAGUCUGGACGAGCUGAAGCUUGGGAUGUCGUUCGCAACGGAUUCGAGUAUGCAGAAGGACGCUGGCAGCACGACGAACCUAUCCAUGGAUCAGUCGGAAUCGGGGCACUCGGCGGUGUCGAGCAGACGGGUGUCCAACGACUCUUCGACCCGGGAGAGGCCGAAGAGACUGUUUGAUAUCGAGCCGUCCGCCAAAGACCACGCUCCAGGUCCUGUAGGGAAGGCAGCCGCUCCGAGAUCAGACGCAAACGAUAUACGGCAGAAGCGACGGAGGCUGCAGAGGAACCGGCCGGCGUGA